AUGUCGCAUCCAUUUUGCCGUGUGGCCUGGCGGGCGCUGGGGUUACCCUUCGUUACUGUGGCGGAGCGGCUCAUCGCCCGGCACCUGCAGCCCCGGUUGCCUAUUUGUGUACGCCCGGACCUGUUCUUGAAGCUCAGAGCGCAUAAAGAGAAGAAGGAAAAACUUGAGGAAGAUGAAGCAGCAGCUGCAAGUACAAUGGCAGUCUCUGCCUCCCUCAUGCCUCCCAUUUGGGAUAAAACUAUUCCUUAUGAUGGGGAGUCCUUUCAUCUGGAGUAUAUGGAUCUGGAUGAAUUCCUGUUAGAAAAUGGAAUCCCUUCCAGUCCUGCUCAUCUGGAUCUGAGUCAGAAUCCUCUCCUGCCUGUGGCUGAAUUGGAAGGAAAAGAACCUGCCACUGUUUCUGUUGCUGCCACUCCACCUGCAUCAUCUUCCACAGUGGUUUUCCAACUAUCAGAAACUACCACGAGUGCAGAGUCCACGCCAGAUAAUGAAAGAUUGACUCCCAGUCCUGUUGAUCCAGAUUGUGUUGAGGUUGAUGUGAAUUUCAACCCUGACCCUGCUGAUUUAGUGCUGUCCAGUGUGCCUGGAGGAGAGCUCUUUAAUCCUAGAAAGCAUAAGUUUGCUGAAGAGGACCUGAAACCACAGCCUAUGAUUAAAAAAGCCAAGAAAGUCUUUGUCCCAGAAGAUCAAAAGGAUGAAAAGUAUUGGACAAGGCGGAAGAAAAAUAAUGUGGCAGCCAAGCGAUCUCGGGAUGCUCGGCGCCUAAAAGAGAAUCAGAUCACAAUCCGAGCUGCUUUUCUGGAGAAGGAGAAUACAGCCUUGAGGACCGAAGUAGCAGAGCUACGGAAGGAAGUGGGAAAAUGCAAGAACAUUGUCUCUAAAUAUGAGAGCAGAUAUGGAUCCUUUGACUUAUCCGAUUCCGAAUGAUGCAGCUUUAAAGACUCUUAAAAUCACAAAGAAACUAAAACUACACAUGAAACCACCUGCCAUCAGAGUGAACAGUGAGAGAUAUGAGGUAUUCUACACAAACAACCAAUGACUCUGCUUCUCCGCAAGUACCUCCUUGAACUACCUAAGGGCUGAGCAUGAUGAAAAGACCAAGGUCUCUAGUUCUACACUUCCCUUUGUACUGGUCUUUUCCUUCCCAUGGCAAUCUGCAGUACAAUGUUUAUUUUCUUUCAACCACAUGUGGUGCUUGUGACUCGGAAUACAGCCUGAGCAAGCCGUAGCUUUGCAAAGUAAUUCUUAGGAGAAAAGAACACGUUUUCACUGAAAAUCACUUCAGCUAAACAAAAAUUCUAUUUGUUCUCAUGUAUCCUAGAAAAAGGGUAUGACAUUUUCUCUAAGCUCUGUUACAUAAUAAUGCUGUUGAAACAGAAAAUAUAAGAAACAGGCAGAAUGUUUUGAUUUAAUAUCCAACCAAUAAAAACAACAAGCACCUUAGGAUGCGCUGCAUAUUAUCAAAUGUUAGCAGCUGCUUUUGUCCUUCAUAAACAUUGACACCAGGGCUCUUUCACACAUGAGGGCUGCACCGAUCUGAGACUGGCACUGCCCCUGUGUCCUGUGAGACUGUGGAGCUUGAGAAACUGAGCUGAUUAACUGAUAGCCCUGCGGUGGAGCAAGAGGAAACACUGCAAGAACAGUUUUGUAGUGUUUCUUUGUGGGGAGGGGUGACAGCAAGAUUUCCAUUGCUGGAUCUCAUGCUGUGGGAAUUCUUCCCCAGUGGACACCAAUCUCCAGUUUUUUGAGGGGCAGCAUUGCUAUUCCCCCAUUGGCUGGGAUGGGUGGUGGGCUGCCUGCCAUUUCUGUGCCCUUCCAUUAGUCAUCCUGAGGAAUGCAGGCCCACUUCAUGGUGGUCGAAGCAGAGCAUUUCAAAACUGCUACUCAGGAGAGGAGAGGAGAGGAGAGGAGAGGAGAGAUGAGGCAGCUUUGUGCAAGCAUCCCAAGAUUUCUAAGUCAGCAUUUUUCUUUCCUGACCUCUGAUGAGACUGUUGUGAGAUUACUGUGAUGAUGAGCUGAUGCAUUUUCACAGUAUACUCUUUAUAAUAAGCGUAGCGCAAUUUGAUGUCCUUGCUUUUCUAAACAUACUUUAACUGUAGCUAUUUAAUAAGAGAUAAGUAUUAUAAUUAAUAAAGGACAGAUUGGAAAAGUUGGAAGAUGCAAUAAUUUAGUCCAUAUUUCCUCUAUUUUUACGUGGAGAUGGAGAGAGAUGAGAACUCAAUGUCUAAUUUCUUUACUUCGGUGAAUCACAUAGUUUGCACUAUCCCAUCAAAGUAGGGGUAGUCUUCUGAUUUUCUGAAUUGCAUAAAAAAUCAUCACAGCUAUUUCUCAUCUGCCUUUACAUUCCCCUAAAGCAUUAGUGAAUUUUCAUAAAUGUUUAAUAUAGUGUUAUGAUAAUAUCACACAGAACA